UUUUGUUCUCUCAUCAAACACAGAUAUUGAUAAGCGGGGCGGUGUUGACAACAGCGGACCUGAUAGGAAAGAAGAAGCCACGGGAGACCUUGUGAAAAUGUGUCGCAGCUGCACCACACCUGAAAGGAAUGAUUAGGUCAUUAGCAAGGCUCUGGAGAAACCCUAACCCUACACAAGGAGGAGGUAAUUAAGCCAUUUCAUUCCUGUGUUUUGUACCUGUGGCACAUCUAAAAACUGCAGGACAGCGGCCUUUGAGGAUUGGAGUUUGACACUUGUGGUAUAUAGCAAUGGCAAUUGGCACCAUAUAGUGAAGCUCUAGUACUGCUAACAUCUCAAAUUAGUCGAUUUUUUUAAGGUAAAAAUAAUAAUAAAUAAAUAAAUUACUCCUUUUUUAAAGAUCCACAUUGGCAACAUGCUCACAUAUAUGCUGACGGAGUAAUCAAUAAACCACACUGUAUACACUUUGAGAAAAGUCACAGAAUGACCUGUGAGUGGAAAAUUAAAGAGGGCAUAAAGUUUUUUUUUUGUUUGUUUUUUUUAAAUCACCCCUUCGCGUUUUAAACUGAUUGGAAAUAUUUGCAGCUAGAUUGAUCCUGCAUAUUGAGAUCACGCCAAUAUUUACAUUUUACAAAAAAAACAUUUUUGUUUUCAACAAUUUUCAGUAGGCUGAGCAAACCACCAUGAGUCCAGAGUUGUGGUUGCUGCAGCAUACGAAUAAUCUGAAUGAAGAAGCACACGAGUGCACACUAGUGACUCAGCUGAUUCCAACUGACCAGCUUCUCCUUUGGAUGAUGACUCACCAACUUAAAACAGCAGCACUGAAGAUGCACACUAUCUCUAAACCUGUCUGUCUCGCCUUCUGUUUGCAGUGCAGUUCUCGGUAGGAUGAUCAGUAAUCACGAAGACGAUGAGUUUGUUGCAGUGCGAGUCCAAGAUCCCCGCAUUCAGAACGAGGGUUCUUGGAAUUCAUACGUCGACUACAAAAUAUUCCUACAUACCAACAGUAAAGCCUUCACGGCCAAGACGUCCUGCGUUCGGCGGCGCUACAGCGAGUUUGAGUGGCUCAGGAAGAAGCUGCAGAAGAAUGCGGGCUUGGUUCCAGUCCCAGAUCUUCCUGGAAAAUCCUUCUUCUCCUUCAACAAUGAGGACUUUCUGGAGAAAAGACGGAGAGGACUCCAAGUCUUCCUGGACAAAGUGGUGCACACCACCGUGUGUCUGUCGGACAGCCAGCUCCACCUCUUCCUGCAGACCCAGCUGCCGGUCGGUCACAUCCAGGACUGCGUUCAGGGACUGACGCCGUACUCCGUGACGGACGCCAUCCUCACCUACGCCUCGUCCAACCGGGGACUGGCUCAGGCUCAGCAGGAGGAUUCCAUCAGGGAGCCCGGUUUCACCGUCUCUUAUGAGUCCAUGGAAAGUCCGGCUCCUCACCUGCCUUCCCUGCAACCGAACUCAGCGCUCAACUCUAAACCAGCAGCCGGAGGAGAUCCAGACCCUCUGGAAGACAUAUUGGAGCUCUGUGAGCAGAAGCCAGAGGAAACGCAUCGCAAGGGAAACUCCUCGAUAAGAAUCUCCCAGAGGAGCGACCGGCUGGAGGCUAUUGUGGAGGACGCCGGCUCCACGCACGCCUCCUUCUAUGUGGGUGAGAUCCUGGACGACUCGGGCAGCCUCAGCCCCUCAGAGCACAGCUGCGUGAUUCAGACUCCCGUGGAGGUGCACUCACCCAUGGAGACGGGCUUUGGAGACGUCUGCGAAGGGGACGGCGUCUUCGAAGGCAAAACCGAAGAAAGAAAAAACUCAGAGUCUGAAAUUAGUGCGGAUCCUGCGACGGACAAUAAUAAGGUGAAAGUUGCUGAAAGCCUCUCUGAGACGUCUCAGGGUCGCCUCGCAGAAAUCGACACAGGCUGCAAACGAGACGAUGAAUCGGAGGCGGCCCUUGAGUCAGGAGUUCAUCUCAGUGACUCACGGCGACAAGUCCACCAAGAGGAAACUGAGAACGAGGACAGAGGCGAGAGCGACGAGGACAGCCGGUCACUGCUGUCCUCCAAUGAGAGCAUCAUCCGGUGCAGCGAGGAGGAAAGUCUGGGCGAGGAGAUGGACGACUCCGUGCAGGGGAAGACAUCUCCGGACGAGGUCAAGGACCGGUCAGAGCUGGAGGGCUCCAGUGGGAACAUUUUGUACAUCGACGGAUUUAAGGAGAACAAAGCGGGCGCUCAGGACUGGGAGGAUAACGACCGGCAGUACACAACUGCAGAGCCUAAACCAGCUGCUUCUGACGGAGAUCUGACUGAAAACUGUGACUUUAGCAUCUUGGAGAACAGCUGUCAGUCUGGAGUAGAUGAAGGUGAAUUCACAACACGGGAAGAUCCGGACCCGAUACCUUUGGAGGGAUCAGAGGAGGCCGAGUAGGCGUAGGUACAUCAGUAGAGCUAAACGUACUCUGGCUGCUGCACCAUCACUGAGCCAGAACCUUGGGUCUUUAAGUCUCUUCUGCCAAAGAAACAUUAACAAGGCACAAACAAAGAGAUAUUCUGUUACAUGAAACCUAAAUACACAGUGCCUUGCAAUAGGAUUUAUGCUCUUUAAACUUUUUCAUAUUUACAUUUUUGUGUGCUGCAAACAGAAACUUCAGCAUAUUUUAUUGGGAUUAUGUAGUAGACCAGCGCUGCGUUUCACAAACGCCUAAAAAGUGUUGUACGCAUCUUUAUUCGGAACUUUAAAAGUUGUUUUAAAACUGUACAAUUUACAAUUAUGCGCAACUUUGUGUUGGUCUACCACCUUAAAUCCCAAUAAAAUACGUUUUAUACAUUUAAGUUUGCAGUUGUGACAAAAGUACAAGGGGUAUGAAUACUUCUGUAAGGCAUAAAUCACUUUCACACUGUUUUAUCACGGUCAAGAAAGGGCAUAUUAACAUAAGAUCAAUUUUAAAAAAUAGCCGAUCAGAUAAAUGGAACUAAGAAAAAAACACGUUUUUCAUCAGUUUGAUCAAUCUGAUUCAUUUAUCUUGACCACCAGAGGGCACUAAAUGUUCAGAGUUCACGAAAAGAUGCUGCUUAAUUCCUAUUAUUUGCCGUCAACAUCUUAAACACAAUUUGAAUGAAGGAAAUACACUGGAAUGAGAUGAAGUGUUUAAAAUAUGCUGGAUUGUUUUUGUUGAUUUUUAGUUUGAAGUUCCACAUGAAGGGGGCGUCGUUUUUAAAUGGGUCUUUAUUUAGGUAUUUCUCAAAAUAAAGAUAUUAACCAAUAAAGAGGCUUCACAUUCAUCGAACCAUUUGAAGAAGAGAACCUGUUUACGUUUGGCAGGAAUUGCUUAUUACUUUUGUUAUCAGGAUCCCAAAAAUGAUCAUUUAAACAUGGCUUUUGGGGGAAGAAAUACAAAUAUUUGGAUUUUUUUUUCCCCCUUCCCUUAAUUCGAGUCUCAUGUUUAUAAAUCAGACUCGUUUGUCAGUAGCCAAAAAAAAAAAAAAACAAUGGAAAAAAAAAAGACCAGCUCCUCCUCACAUUUCAAAGCUAUAAAACAACCAGAAAAAAUGUCCUCUAUUACAAAGUAGAAAAUCAGACUUCAAAAAAGUAACGUCCAGAAAAUGUUUGUUUUAAUGAAAGAUUUGGUGUCAUCCCAUUAUCUCUGCCACCAGUAUAUUUAUUAAACUAUUAGUGUAGUAAGAUUUAAUCCCCUCCUAAAUGGAUGCAGUCAAGUUAAGAAGGUUCAGGAGUUUUUUAAGGGUGCAAUUCAUGCUGGGGAUCUGCUUCAGGGAUGCUGGUAAACUUGUUUACGUCUGCAGUUCACCCGUGUUUACCCGAAAAGCCAUGUUCAGGUUGUAUUUAAAUUCAUCUGCACUCUAAUAACACUUAGAUACAUCACAUUUACUGGAUAUGAGGUUGCAGUAAUUUCCUCCCAUAUUUGCCUUUUAUUUUAAACAUUUAUGUAUGACCCCUGAAUAUGUGAGUCUGAAGUGCAACUGGUCAAAAACCUGUUGAUUUGAUCUGAGAUCUGUUCUCACACUACUUACUGCUUCUCAUUCCUGUGAUUUUUGCUGCAUUUUAAAGGGACCUGCAGGUGGUUUUAUUUUAUUUGUUUUGAAGUGAAAUAAAAGAGAAUGUGGAUAUAAAGGGGUUAUUAACCACCAGAGUGAUUUUAUUCAUGUAUGAAUUCCAAGUUUAUUUCAAUAAAUAAGUUUCUUUCA